GGUAGAAGUUUGUUUACAUACAAUAUUGAUACGAAGAUAAAAAUAAAAAACAAAAUAUAUCAAAAAUGUCGAUUUCGUUUCACCAUAAGCUAUUAACUUGUGCGAACUCAUGUCGUAUUUGCUUGGAUAAUAACACAACUGGAGGAAUAGAUCUUACCAAAGACCAAAACGUACUACAGUGGUUUGAAUAUUGUGUUGGUAUAUCUAUUAACAUCCAAUGUCCACCAAAAAGGUUAUGUUUUAAGUGCGCAGAUAAUAUAAACAAUUAUGUAAAAUUUAAACAAAAGUGUCUAGAAUCCGAAGAGCAUUGGACAUCAUUAUGUGAAGAUGUUCAGAAACCCAAUGUAGUAAAAGAGGAGUUUAUAAAAUCUGAAGAUACAGAAAAUAUAUUUCAUGAAGAGAAACACUUUAAUGUACAUUUUGAAUAUGACAAUAAAAAAGCUAAACAUGAUUUUUCUCAACGUAAUUGUGAUUCAGAGAAAAAAAAUAUUGUAAAUACCAUAAUUAUUGAUAAAAGUCUAGUUGAAAGCGAUAAUAAUAAUGACCAAAGAAUAAAUGUUGAAAGUUAUAUAAAUGAUGAAAAAGGAAAUUUAGAAGUAAAUGAAAACGCAUUUACAAAAAAACAUCAAUGUGAAAAAUGUAAGAAGGAAUACAGAAAUCACAAAUGGCUAGUGACGCAUAUGAUGAAUGUAUGUUACAAAAACGACAUUAAAAGUAUAAAUAUAGAAGUCGAUAGAAACAAAGCAACAAAAUUAGAAGAUGCUAAAAUUAAAAAAAAACGAAUGUCACUGUCUACUUGUGGUUUAUGUAAUACGUCCCUUAGCAGCGACAUCACGAAACACAUGGACGAACAUUGGUCAAACAAUGAUUUACAAUGUCAAUUAUGCAAUUAUUUUGGCAGAGAUUUUGCAGAUAUGGUAACACAUAGUUUUCAACAUUCUCCCAAAAUGAAAUUAUUCUGUCAUGCAUGUAAAAAGAAGAAGGCUUCGGUUCCAUCUCUUCAGUUUCAUUUCAGAUCGGUUCAUUUACAAAAAGCGGGUGGUCUUUGUUCUGUAUGCAAUAAAACUUUUAAAAAAUUCAAUACUUGGAGAAAACACGAACGACUUCACAACGAAAAUAGUUUGUUUAUUUGCGAUCACUGUGGAAGGAAAUUUUUAUACAAGAACGAAAUCAAAUCACAUCUGAUUUACCACACGGAUGUGAGGCUAUUCGUUUGCGAAACAUGCGGCAGGGGUUUCAGGAGAAUGUCCGGUUUAAAGGACCACAUAAAAAAUUUACACACCGUAAUACAUCCAGUGAAAUGUCACCAUUGCGACAAAACGUACAAAAGUCAGACAAAAUUAGAUCUUCAUUUGAGGAAUCUCGCUAAAGACAAGCCGUUCAUAUGUGAAGUUUGCUCCAAGACGUUUGUAUCUCAGAAAGUAUUAAAAAAACAUAUGUUCUGGCACACCGGCGAACGACCUCACACUUGUGCAGUAUGCGGAUCGAGAUAUAAAGCCAAAGGGCAGUUGAAUCUACACAUGAGGAGCCACACGGGUUUUAUGCCCCAUAAAUGUGUUGAUUGUGGCAAAGGUUUUCCAACCUCGACGCAGUUGAGGCGACACCGAAGCGUUCACACGGGUGUCCGAGCGUAUAAAUGUGUGCACUGCGAGAGAUCUUUUCAUCAAAAGAAGACUUUGUUGGAACACGCAAAGCAACACAAAAGCUCUCAGGGUGCAGAAUCAGAAAACUAGUUUUGUACAUUUUUAAGUGUCAGUUUUUGUACGAAUGUCGUUGAUUAUUAUGGUAUUAAAUA